AUGGCGGAGCCCGAUGUCAUCUCUGCCCUGACUUCAAUCGAAGCAACUUCAAACCAACAGAACAAACCACAGCUCUACAAUGAACUCCUCUCGAAAAUAAUAUCAUCCCCGUCCUCCCCGAGCGUCGAACCCAAUCUCAUCGCCUUCCUAAACUCCAUACUUGGCGAUAGCGUCGGAAUCGUCGCUGCCCGACCCCUCCUCGAUAACUUCAUAGACUCACUGCGAAAACUACCCUCACAAGUCAUAAUCAACGUUGGCCAGGAUGCCCUAUCGAAGAUUCAAUCUCACUCGACUUCUGCGGAGGCUCAGGACACAGCUCUGCGGGAGAUUCUUGCCGACGCGUUCGAGGCUGAGCAGCAAUUUGUACAGGCGGCCAGAGUGCUACAGGCGAUCCGUUUUGACAGUUCUCAACACCUGAUGUCCGAUGAUGAAAAAGUGCGCCUGUGGAUUCGCAUUGUGCGUCUAUAUCUAGAAGAAGACGAUACCGCGAACGCAGAGAGCUUCCUAAACAGAGUCAAAAACAUGCCAACCAAGAUCAGAGAUCCAGAGCUGAAACUUCACUUCGAGCUCUCGCAGGCACGCAUUUCAGAUUUUAACCGCAGAUUCCUUGAUGCCAGUCAGCAAUAUCUCAAUAUAAGCUUAUCGGGAGAAAUCGUGGAAGAGGACAGGCUCCAGGCACUCUCUGCUGCGAUUGUAUGUGCCGUUCUGGGGCCCGCCGGCCCCCAACGUUCUCGUACCUUGUCCCGCCUUUACAAAGAUGACCGGUCUUCGUCCCUCGAUGCGUACAAUAUAUUGGAGAAGAUAUUCAUGGACAGGCUACUCAUGCCCGAGGAAGUGAAGGCUUUCGCGCGGAAGCUGGUGCCGCACCAACUCGCUGUGACGGCGGAUGGAUCAACUGUGCUGGAUAGAGCUGUCAUCGAACAUAACCUUCUGGCUGCGAGUCGACUGUACGAAAAUAUCCCUAUGGAAGCGUUGGGUAACAUUCUCGGGCUUAAGGCGAGCGGUGAUAUAAGUGCUGGUGAGAAAGCGGAAACAUAUGCUGCACGCAUGCUCGGGCAAGGGAGAUUAAAGGGCAGCAUCGACCAGAUUGAGGGUGUGAUUUAUUUCGACUCGGGAAUCCCCGGUGUAGGUCCGGGGGCAGAGGCAGCGGGACGCAGUUUAAAAGUCUGGGAUGCUGGCGUUCAACAUUUAGUGGAGGAAGUUGAGAGGGUGGCUGCUGCUAUCAUAGAUGAGUUUCCUAUCUUCGCCAGUACGCAAAUGGGAAGUUAA